AUGGAAGAGGGAAAUCACUCGGUGGUGACUGAGUUCAUUCUCUUAGGACUGACAGAUGGUCCAGAGCUGCAGGUCCCUCUGUUUGGAUUGUUCCUAAUGAUUUAUGUUGUCACCCUGGUGGGGAACGGGGGGAUGAUCUUUUUAAUCACAACUGACCCCCAACUCCACACUCCCAUGUACUUUUUCCUCCGGAAUUUGUCUCUCUGUGAUCUCUGCUAUUCCUCGGUAAUUGUCCCUAAAAUGCUGCUGAAUUUCUUACCUGACAGGAAAAGCAUUUCUUACACUGCUUGUGCUGUGCAAAUGUAUUUGUUUGUCUCUUUUGCAGAUAUUGAGUGUCUGUUGCUGGCUGUGAUGGCAUAUGACCGUUACGUGGCCAUCUGUAAUCCGCUGCUCUAUAAAGUCACCAUGUCCAGGCAGCUUUGUAACCAGCUGGUGACUGGGGUGUGUGCUGUGGGGUUGGUAGAUGCAUUGAUACACACAUGUUGCACAUUCCAGCUGUCAUUCUGUCACUCCAACAUCAUCAACCAUUUCUUCUGUGAUAUCCCUCAGUUGCUGGCUCUCUCUUGUUCCAACACUCACAUAAAUGAGAUUGUGAUGUUUGCCUUCAUUGGAUGUGUUUUAGUGAGCAGCUUUGUUACCAUCCUCCUCUCCUACAUCUGUAUCAUCUCCACCAUCCUGCAGAUCCGCUCCACUGAGGGCCGGCGUAAAGCCUUCUCCACCUGCACUUUCCACUUGAUCACAGUGGUCAUGUUCCAUGGCAGUCAGCUCUUCAUGUACCUACGUCCAAGCUCCAGCUACUCCCUGACUACGGACAAAAUAGCCUCAGUGUUUUACACGGUGGUGAUCCCCAUGUUGAACCCCCUCAUCUACAGCCUGCGGAACACAGAGGUGAAGAACGCCCUGAGGAGAGUAAUCAAUAAAUUCCUAACCAAUUCUUGA